AUGAUGAACACACUGGUACAGCUUGCACUGCAGGUUUAUAACAACUUGAGUGGUGCAUCGACUUUGGUUCGGGAGAGUGAGGACAGCCCUCUCGGAACCUGCAACCUCAUAAGUUAUGCACUCCCACAGAAGUCGCUUCCUGUGAGCCUUCAGAUGUUUCCGACCACACCUUGGAUGGUGCAGGAAGUCUAUGCAUACCUGCCCAUGCUGAGGGAUGUCCUCGCCUGGCAGAAUAGCAGUCACUGGACAAGGCCUGUUGGUCAUUCAUUUGUGUUGCGACACUUCAAAGGCAUCCUUCGGCCAUUCAUCGGCUAUCAUGUCCCUGCCCUGUGUUCCCUGAUGUAUGCCUGGGGUGUAGUCAUCACAGGUUCUUGCGCCCUGGAGAUGUUGACAGGGGAACACCACAACACGGAUAACCUAAACCUGGUUGUGCCACAGGGCAGCUUCAAUGUACUGCAGGAAUUUAUUCUAGAGACUCUGAAUUAUCGCCAGAUCAUGGCAGCCAUCACAGAGGACGUCUUCAAUGUGGUUACGAGCUCCCCAACAACGGGAGACAUGGUCUUCAUGACGCCUGGGGGUGUAGCAGCCUUCUACCCUGAUCUUACCUUCGAAGGAAUCGUGAUACUCAACAACACCAUGAAAGAGCGCCCGCCAGGUACUAAAUUUGUGGGCUGCAUGAAGCAUGCACAAUACAAGGUCUACGACAGCACCUGCUAUCGCGAAGAGCCAUGUGGCCAUGUCUGCCCAGCUCUUUGGCGUAACAUUGUGGAUGGGGACCCGGGGGGUCUUGUGCUUGAGUGGGACUCAAGGUAUUCCAUCAGGUUGACCAUGGCACAGUCGCACACCAGCUGGCGGCUGGCUGAGCACUGCAACAAUGUCCUUUGUCCUCUGAAUCCUGUGAUCAAUACGAGGCUGCCGCUGUUACCUAAAGUACCUUCGCCUGCCGAUCAAAGUGCCAUGCGAGAGCAGGAGGCUCGUAUGCACCACCACCAUUGUGUCAGUUCCUCUGCAGACUAUCACAUGGAGAUCUGCUCACCUCGAAUUUCACAGGGCGGUAUGAGCUCAUUCAUGGGUGUACUAUAUGCUACACGGGCCUAUGGUCCUGAGCUUGUGCCCAUCCCUCUACGGAAUGGACUCACACGACUCGGACACAUCAACAACCUCGAAGUGUUGCACUGGGUCGACUGUCUAGGUGACAACAAGUUCAACGUUGACAUGGCUCGCAUGCACAAGACUUACAACAUCAUCACACUGUCUUCUUCUCCUGCUUACGGGUACGGGUACACCUUCUACAUCAUCGCCGACGUCCACAUGGGGAAUGCAGUGAUGGGAAACGUGUUGGUCGUUAAGCACAUCAGCGGUAACAAGCAUGCAAUUGUUGACCUCACCAUAGCCGACUUGGAUUGUAUCAACGAGGUGCUGAGAUGUCCAUCAUCCAAUGGCGAUAUAAUGUAUGAUUCCUUGAGCAACCAGCGCACUCCAACCCUGUAUCAACCACAUGUAAAAUCUUCAGACAGGCAACUGCUACCUCCUGAUCGUGACACAAACAUCCACAGGGGCGCGGAUAGGGUGCUGACACCGAGGGGGGUGGUUGUGGUACAAGAGGUCUGGUCAUCACGUGGCCAGUCUCGGAGGGUGCGGGGCAAGCGCAAACAUCCAAACCACACGAACAAAGCGGUGGGGGAUCAUCGGCAUGCAAUACCUCUGGCAGGUUUAGGAAAAUUGGGGUGGGGUGCGAUGGACCACCUCUGGCUACUUCGGUCGCCCACGCUGAGAUGCUCAUGUGAUGGAGCUCAUACUGAAUAA